AAAUUCCUAUAGCAAGAGCCAGAUCCGUUUCCUCUGGUUUCGUUAAAUGCUGUAUCUUAGUGAAUUGUUAAAUGAAACACGUUCAUUUUCCUUUGUGUGUAAAUGAGAUUUAAAAAUCACUGACUUUGGUUAUAAUUAAAAAAAUUUUUUAAUGUUUAUUUAUUUUUGAGAAAGAGAGAGACAAUACGAGCUAGGGAGGAGGAGAGAGAGAGAGAGGGAGAUAUAGGAUCUGAAGUGGGCUCCAGACUCUGAGUGGUCAGCACAGAGCCCGAUGCAGGGCUUGAACUCAUGAACAGUGAGAUCAUGACCUGAGCUGGAAUCAGACACUCAACUGACUCAGCCACCCAGGUGCCCUGGCUAUAAUUUUUAUAUAAUCUUAAUAAAUAGGCUUGUAAGAUCAUGUCAGUAGUUUUAGGAACCUCUUCAGAAGUUCUCAGUUUAACAAAGUAAAACAGUAAGUAAGCUUCAGCUAAUAAUAACAAGACUCCUUUCUUGUAGGGAAUCCUACAGUUCUAUUAUUAUUAUUUUUUUAAUUUUUAUUUACUUAAGUAAUCUGUACACCCAAUGUGGGGCCCGAACUCAUGACCUGCAGAUCAAGAGUCGCAUGCUGUUCUGACUGAGCCAGCCAGGCACCCCAUCUACAGUUCUGUUCUUCAUACAGAAUAUACACAACCCCUCCUCCAGGUAUCUCUUUUCCCCUUCUUUGUUGCAGUAUGAGAUCUAAACAUAAGUGACUUAAAAUUCCUGGUAUCUUAAAUAUAUUCUUCAUAAGAUUAUCACAGAUCUCUAGGAAAAAAUUAAAGCAACCAGCACACUAAAAGAGUGAUGCUUUGUUCAUGUUUUGGCCAUAGGUUUGCUUUACGAAAUAGCAUGCCCUUCAGAAUGGAAGAAUGUAUCUGCCUCGUAUUUGAUGGGGUUCAGAGCUAAGAUGGCUGACUAAAUAAACAUGGGGAACUGGAAUUUCCUUGGAGGCAUCCUGGAGGAAGUUCACAUCCACUCCACCAUAAUUGGAAAGAUCUGGCUCACUAUCCUGUUCAUAUUUCGAAUGCUUGUUCUGGGUGUAGCAGCUGAAGAUGUCUGGAACGACGAGCAGUCUGGCUUCAUCUGUAAUACAGAACAACCUGGCUGCAGAAAUGUAUGCUAUGACCAGGCCUUUCCCAUCUCCCUCAUUAGAUACUGGAUCUUGCAGGUGAUAUUUGUGUCUUCACCAUCCCUGGUCUAUAUGGGCCAUGCUUUGUACCGACUGAAAGUUCUGGAGAAAGACAGGCAGAGGAAGAAAGCUCAGCUGAGAGGGGCACUGAAGGGGGUGGAGUGUGAAAUGCCCUGGGACAGGAGGAGACUGGAGCAAGAACUUUGUCAGCUGGAACAAAGGAAACUAAGCAAAGCCCCACUCAGGGGGACCUUGCUUUGCACUUACGUGAUACACAUUUUCACUCGCUCUGUGGUAGAGGUUGGGUUCAUGAUUGGACAGUACCUUUUGUAUGGAUUUCAUUUAGAGCCUUUAUUUAAAUGCCACAGCCACCCAUGUCCAAAUAUAAUUGAUUGUUUUGUCUCAAGACCAACAGAAAAGACAAUAUUCCUGUUAUUUAUGCAGUCUAUAGCCACUGUUUCACUUUUCUUAAAUAUUCUAGAAAUUUUCCACCUAGGUUUUAAAAAGAUUAAAAGAGGGCUUUGGGGACGAUAUAAACUGAAGGAUGAGCACAAUGAAUUCUUUGUGAACAAGUCAAAACAAAAUCUUGCCAAAUAUCAGAGCACAUCUGCAAAUUCACUGAAGAGACUCUCUCCUGCACCUGAUUAUUAUUUGUUGAUGGAAAAGCAAACACACACAGCAGUGUGCCCUAGUUUAAGUUCACCUGCAUUUCAGGCAGAUCCUGACCAUCACAAUGGAAAUGAUGAGAAAUGCGUUUUGGAUGGGCAAGAAACUGUACUUUCUAAUGAGAUGUGCACACUUAGCGCAACCUGUAGUCACCUUCAACACAUCAGCUCAUGUAAUAAUGAAGACAGUCGCAAAACAUUUAGAAAAGAAGUGGGUAACCCGUUAAAGGGAAAGAAAGAAAUCGAUGGCAAAGACAGCAAAAGGAACCACUACUCUAGAGGUCAAGGUUCUAUUCCAGGUGUUGCUAUAGAUCCAGACGACCACGUGGGACAGUCGCCUCAAACAGCUUUCUCUCUGCCAGCUAACUGUGCUUGGAAACGGAGGUGGCUUAGUGCUACAUGGGGUCCCUCUACAGAAGGUGAAAAUCGGACGUCACCUCCUAAAGGAAACCUCAAGGGCCAGUUCCGAGAGGGCACAAACAGAACCCUUCCUCCUUCCCAGGGAGACUGUCUGGACAUUCCAGACACUCCUGAUUCUUUGGGACGGUUGUCCUUAGAAUCUGAUUUGAUCAGGAGCUGCAAUAAUUCUACUGCUUGCCCUCCAAAUCAUUUAGCGCUGCUGACAAACAACCUCAUCGGUAGGCGGGCUCCCACAGACCUUCAGAUCUGAACAGCUGUUGACUUCUAGACAUCCUGCAUAUUAUAUGACCCUAGCGUGGUGGUGGUGGAGCAGGCAAAACAAAUAAGGGCAGCUCUAAAGACGAGCUGUUUAGGCAGACAAUUGCAAACCUACUUCAAAAAGGAAAAACACAUUAAUUCUAAAUAGUGAUGGGGCAGUUUUAAAUUCAAGGAGGGCUACCGGAUCAGGAUUACUUUUUUCACAGGCUCCUUUCAGAAUUCGUGAAAACUGAUUCCGGGAACGUCACGUUAAGAAUCCAGGCUUAAUGGUUUGGAACUACGUUUUUCCUUGAUGGGAGCAGAGCCUUAGGAGACUAUACUGAUUCUACAUAAGUCUCCCUUUUAGUUACUAAUCUUUUAUUUCUGGACAAUGGUUAAAUUGUUUGUCCCUGGGACUUAAUUUCGUUUCCUUAUUAUAGACUGCAACCUGAUGUCUCUUGAGUAUAAUCAAAAUGUUGCUAUCUAGUAAAUAAAAUUUUAAAAAGAUUGGUGGCUUUAAAACAUCGUGAUUCAGUGUCCAGAUUGGAGUUGUAUCUCUACACUCCCUAGUCCUCUAACCUCGACACUUUACUAACUGUAGCUACCUUACAGGGAUAGUGUGAGAAUUAAAAUAAGAAACGUUGUGUUUAGUACAGUACCAGGCACACAGAAAGAGCUCAAAAGGCCUAUUAUUAGCACGUUACUGCUCACCCUCCAGAGGCCCACAUCAAGCCGGCCACAAAACAAACUGCAAAAGUAAAAGCUGGAGCCGAAACAUACGAUUCCAAGCGCUCUUCUCAAGCCACUGGAAACCCAAGGGGCGCCCUGCGUCGGUCGUGCGCACCUUUUCGGGACGAAAGCCAAGAAGCCAGCACGUAUAGGCUACCACACCUAAUAAUGAUGAGGCCCGGGUUGAGACUGGUCCGCUCCCACACCGCUGCCCAGAGAUCCCAUCCAGCUACAGUCCCAGCGCUCCCGGACUCCGCAGGCCGCGCCCCCGGGCGCCACGCCCAUCCUUGGCCCCACCUGGACACCCUCCCCGAGUUACCAAACCCUCGCCUCUCAC